AUGCGUAGUUUACCGGGUUCGCCCAUGUGGUUCGCCGCGCUUUAUUCGACAACCAAAGUCUGGGUAGCUAUCAACAGAUACUGGGUGCCAUCUCUUUGGUUUGCUCCCGGUAUCAUGACAAUGGAAGCUGUUACCAUUUUCUUUCCGUGCUAUGAGCUUAUCGUCUCCAAGAAGCAGAGAGAUCGUUUUCUGGAGGAACUCCACGAGUGGAAUGAGACGAAAGCAGCCAGCGGGGGAAAAUUGGAUUCAGCACCAUCACGAACUCCGAGUGAAGCCAGUCGCGUGCCUGAAGUUUAUUCCCGAAGGGCUCUAGGGAGGUGUCUAGAAGAAGACUCCAGUGCUCUUCUCCAAUUUGCCGCAGCUAAGGAAUUCAGCGGCGAGAACAUCAUCUUCUUGAAUUACGUGCGCGACUGGAAAGCUGCAUGGGCGAAGGUUGGUGAAUCGAACCCGGAAUACAAUUGGAACCGGGAUCCUGAGUAUCACCGAGUUCAUUUCUUCAAGAUCGCAGUUGAGAUCUACGCAGCUUGCAUCGAUAUGAACUUGGCAGAGUUCCCUAUAAACAUUGAAUCUCAAAUUUACUCGGAUCUACGGGAAAUGUUUGGGGAAGCUUCCCAGCUUAUCGGCCAAUCUGUGUUCAGCAGAGCUGAAACACGCGCCUACCGGAGUCGUCCCGAAUCAUACAAUUGGAUGCCUACCCAUAGAAAGAAGUUGUCAACUGUGAUAAUCGUGGAGGAAGACACUCAAGCCUUGUGUUCAGAUGCGCAUCCUCAUGAGGCCCAGAGUAUCAUGCAUUUUGAGCCCCGUGUUUUGAAUUCUGUCACCAUCCCUGACAAUUUCACGGCCAAUGCAUUUGACCAGGCUGAGAAGUCUAUCAAGAACCUGGUAUACACAAACACCUGGCCCAAGUUUGUUGACUUUUCGAGCGACGCAUCCAUUUAUUCUAAGUGA